AUGGACGUGGACGGCGUGGAGAAGACGCCGGUGUUUGAGGCUAUACCCCUCCCGGAGGAAGUGAGCGUCAAGGAAGAGUUUUAUGAGCUGAGGAUGGGGUGGAGUGGGAAGAUAUACGAGUUGCGAGUGGGUGGAAACGAUAUGGUAUACGACUUCCGCCAUCAGAUCGAAGUCCUUACCAACGUCCCUCCCGAGCGACAAAAGCUCAUUGGUCUGUCCAAAGGAAAGUUGUCGAGCGAGAUGGACAGUGUCCGGUUUGGCGCAUUGGGAGUCAAGAAUGGGAUCAAGUUCACGAUGAUCGGGACGCCAGAGGCGGAUAGUUUUGUAUAUCGCUCAGAGACGGCGAAGCAGCAACAGGCGGACGACUUUGACGUGCGGUAUAAGGCGCUGGCGAUUGCCAAGGGAGAGGCGGUGAGGCUGGUCGCUCCAGCGGAUGAUCCGAGGAACAAGAGGAAGAUACAGGAGGUGAUCAGGUCUUGUCCUAUCACUGUCAUGGAUGAUCCUCGACCAGGAAAGCGCCUUCUCGUCCUUGACCUUGACUAUACCAUCGUUGACACCAAACCCCUCCUUGAAGGCUCCCUGCCCGCAGACGAGUGCGCACGUCCUGGGUUGCAUGAUUUUCUCGAAAAGGUCUACCCACACUAUGACAUUGUCGUCUGGUCCCAAACCCACUGGCGGUGGCUCGAGAGCAAGCUGGUCGAGAUUGGGAUGAUUGGAGGGGACCGGAAUUACAAGAUCAGCUUUGUGGCGGAUCGGACGUCAAUGUUCCCGGUGUUCACGCAGAGGGACGGUCAGCCGUUCAAACACGAGGUCAAGCCUCUCGCUUACUUCUGGGCAUCCUUCCCACACUGGUCAGCCAAGAAUUCCAUACAUAUCGAUGACCUCUCCCGGAACUUUGCCUUGAACCCCGGAGAAGGACUCAAGAUCCGGGCGUUCAAGGGUGCAGGCACGCCAGACGGACUGGGAGACAAGGAGCUCAUCAAGCUUGGGAACUACGUAUGUUCAUCUAUCUCCUCUGCCUCGAUAUGA